CAGGAUUUCAGCCUCAUAUUUCUGAUAAGCAAGUAAAUGUCAGUAAUAAAGACCUAAGUGAAAGAGAAAUUGUUCGGAAAAGGCUACUCGACAAAUUCUGGAAAAUGUGGAGUGAUGACUAUUUAAAGAAUUUGCCACCUACAGUGAAGGGAUUUAAACCUAAUUGCAAUGUGAAGAAGGGUUCUGUUGUGUUGUUAAGAGAAGAUAAUGUGCCUAGGAUGAAUUGGCCUUUGGGCAUUAUUAUUGAUUUAUUUCCUGGCAGUGAUGGUAUAGUAAGGUGUGUAAAUGUGAAAACUGCCAAGGGAGUUUUGUGUAGACCUGUUCAGAAAUUACAUGACUUAGAGAUUUUCUAUGAUGCAAACAGUGCCAAAGAAAAUUCAGAGGUUCCCAUGGAGCACCAUAUACAAGACAAUGAAGAAGUAGGGGAGAAUGACGGAACUGAAUCUCUUGAACAUGUAAAGAUAACAAAGAGGGGGCGUGUGGUCAAGCCACGUGCUGUUCUUGAUUUGUGAAGUUUUCCUGUUGAUAGUGGGGUUACUUAUGUAUGGGUAUUGUUACUGGUUCAGUGACAGGAACUUGUUGUUUGUGAUACAAGAUGAGAUUAUACAUGUUUUCUUUGAUAGGAGCUUGAGUGCUCCUAUGGUGGGGAGUAUGUUAAGGAUGAAAUUACACCAAUGAAUAUUGAGCGGUUUGCCUCAGGCUGCUUCUUGGUUCAGUCCCCCUUGCUACUGCCAAGUUUUCUUUGAUUUCUUUAAGAAAUGCAAGUAUUAUUUUUUCUAGUCUUUUUAUAAGAAAAAUUAGUAAAAAGCAUUUGUAUGAUUUAGUGCAUUGUUUUAUGCAUUUGCUAAGACUUGAAAAGGAUGGUAGAUAUCUACCACUUGUAUUUUUGUACGUUUGUUUUUGUAAGAAAUACAGCUGGCAAGAUGGCUCCUCACGGGUUUCCAUGACCGAAUCCUCUCCAUGUCUUAUGAUCUGACGUCGCCUCACUUUCUACAGACAGUCUCCGAAGUUACAGAGCCCCUGGGAAGGCCCUUACACUGUGCUACAACGCCUCUCCGACGUGACUUACCGAUUCCGGAGAACGGAAAAGACCAAGCCGAAAGUUGUCCACGUCAACCGCCUAUGGAGGUACCACGGUCCGGGAAACUACACCUGGAACAACUACAGACACCCAGCAGCCGACGAAAACGCAAGGGACGUCCAGGACCGAGAGGAGGUCGACGACGACGUAGGCCUUCUGGACCUUUCAGCCGAGGGAGAUAACCUCCCGGCUUCGGCAGAUGUUCCAGGGACACCCCAAGAAGCGGACGACGACGAGGCGCACCAGGAGACAGACGUGCAGGAGACACCGAGCAGAAGACAGAGACAAGGCAGGCGUCCACAGCGAUACGACGAUUAUUAUGUUUUUGAUUAAUUCUCUUACGUUUGUAUAUAGUUAAGUGUGUGAUCGGGACGAUCACAAUUAAGAGGGGGGGAUAGUGUUGUGCUGGAAGCUUCCCCCGGCGACCAUAGGCCUCUAGAAGGCUCCCGGAGACACGAGCAAGGGGGCGGGGAGCAAGGCGAGCCAGGCGCCAGGCGGGAAGUGUUGCCAACUCCCAUAUAUUUUUGCUACAUGUUCUUGUAUGAUCUAAAAUAUACUGUAACAUUCUAGACUGUACUGUUCUGGAUAUAUAUAGGAGAAGAGGGCGAGAGAGUCCCAGUCAUAGUAAGCUAGUGGUCAGUGAAGAGUCCGAGUGAAGUGUACUACUAGGGAAGAAUAUUAAACUACAGAAGCUGUGCGAAGUGUUUACAUAUCUCCCUCCCACGGAGUCUCCUGACGGCGACACGGAACCCAAGUAACACGUCCGGCAUAACAAUAUGUUAGAAGGAGCUGAUCAUCAACUGAGUGAGCCUUACGUACGGAAGCCAAACUGAUUAGAAUCUAAUAAGUUAUUAUUCACGAGAAAAGAUGCCUUGGGUACCUGGCUAUACAGUAACCAGCAGAUAACAUUAUUUCGUCUGAUGUGGAAAUACAUUUACAAGUUGUAUCGUUUGUGGUCCAAUGUAGCGUGUUUGAGGCUCGUGUGUGUAGCGGAAAGUUCCAGUUGGCAACACUGCCAGGUGACAACAACAGCACGCGCCGAGGCCCGAGCAGCAUCCCUUCUGGCCCUGCCCAACCAGCCCCCUAAAACACCCCAGAAGAAGAAGACGACGAAGGCUCCACACCCACGGGCCAGCGCUGGGGACCUGCUGGCCAGCGACACCCUCAGCCCCAACACUGCCAGGACAACACCUCCACCACCGCCGGGAAGUCUUAACCUUCUCAUGCAGCAGAAGUAGAGCUCUCACGGGCACGUCCACCCUCGACCACGACCACGGACCCUAGGCCGCCGGUGUGUGGAGGAAAAGAGAACAAGGAAAGAACGAGGACAACAGCAACACACUCAGCUUCCGCAAAGGUUGGGGCCGCCUCACCUGCAGGGCUGGACAGCAGCAUGAGUGGCCAGGACAAGCAGGAGCAGACUGCUGCAGGGGGCAGGAGGGUCAGUGGUCACCAGAUGAAGCAACUGGCUGCUGGCAACUCCAGCAACAAAGGAGAGAGGAAGUUUGUGUGUCUGGAGUGUGGAAAAGAAUUAACCACAAGGCAUGGCCUCAGAUAUCACACCCUUACACACACUGGUGUGAAGAACUAUGAAUGUAAGGAAUGUGGGAAACAAUUCAUCCAGAAGAGUACCCUUGAUAGACACACCCUUACACACACUGGUGUGAAGAACUAUGAAUGUAAGGAAUGUGGGAAACAAUUCAUCCAGAAGAGUACCCUUGAUAGACACACCCUUACACACACUGGUGUGAAGAACUAUGAAUGUAAGGAAUGUGGGAAACAAUUCAUCCAGAAGAGUACCCUUGAUAGACACACCCUUACACACACUGGUGUGAAGAACUAUGAAUGUAAGGAAUGUGGGAAAAAAUUCAUCCGGAAGAGUGACCUUGAUAGACACACCCAUACACACACUGGUGUGAAGAACUAUGAAUGUAAGGAAUGUGGGAAAAAAUUCAUCCAGAAGAGUGACCUUGAUAGACACACCCUUACACACACUGGUGUGAAGAACUAUGAAUGUAAGGAAUGUGGGAAAAAAUUCACCCUGAAGGGUAACCUUGAUACACACACCCUUACACACACUGGUGUGAAGAACUAUGAAUGUAAGGAAUGUGGGAAAAAAUUCAUCCGGAAGAGUCACCUUGAUACACACACCCUUACACACACUGGUGUAAAAAGUCAUGAGUGUGAAGAGUGCGGGAAGAGGUUCAGUGUGAAGCAGGCACUCAAUCGACAUGUCUUCAGGCACUAUGGCCUUAGAGAGUUCAAGUGUGAUGUUUGUGGAAAGCUCUUUAAGACAAAAAGAGACAUUGCCAGGCACAUGAAGAUCCACUUCUGAAGUGUGUCUGCCUACAGUAGUUAUAGUGACCAAGAAGGACAAGCAGGACCCGGACGGUGACAUCAUUAUGAGGCUUGAGUACGGUCUCCUGAACUCCUCGUCCCUGGAGCUGAUUGAGCAACCCACGUGUACCUCCCCAGUCUAAUGGUGAGCCUGGCGCCGCCCCUCGUGGUCUUCCAGCCUCCUCACCAGUGCAUCUUCCACUCCUCCGAGCUUGUGUAUAACUUGACCAACCAGUGAUGAGAGCGUGUGAAGCAGUUUGCCAACCUGGUCCUGGCCCUCAUGAUGCUGUUCGACAGGUACAAUCACUGGAUGGUGGGCGACAAGUUUGAGAGACUCGCCCCCUCACUGCCAAGAAGUCACCCGCCGCAGCCGCCGAAGGGAAGGACAGAGGAACAGCCGCCAACUCCAUCGCUGGCGGCUCCACAUCUACUCUCGUCUCCUCCUCCUCCGCCUCCUCUCUCAACAUGGACGGUCGAAAAAGGAUGUUUAGUGUGGAGGUGUUUGAUUGGGCGUGUUUGAGGCUCGUGCGUGUAGCGGAAAGUUCCAGUUGGCAACACUGCCAGGUGACAACAACAGCACGCGCCGAGGCCCGAGCAGCAUCCCUUCUGGCCCUGCCCAACCAGCCCCCUAAAACACCCCAGAAGAAGAAGACGACGAAGGCUCCACACCCACGGGCCAGCGCUGGGGACCUGCUGGCCAGCGACACCCUCAGCCCCAACACUGCCAGGACAACACCUCCACCACCGCCGCCGGGAAGUCUUAACCUUCUCAUGCAGCAGAAGUAGAGCUCUCACGGGCACGUCCACCCUCGACCACGACCAUGGACCCUAGGCCCUAGGAGGAAAAGACAACAAGGAAAGAACGAGGACAACAACAACACACUCAGCUUCCACAAAGGUUGGGGCCGCCUCACCUGCAGGGCUGGACAGCAGCAUGAGUGGCCAGGACAAGCAGGAGCAGACUGCUGCAGGGGGCAGGAGGAAGGACAAGCAGGACCCGGACGGUGACAUCAUUAUGAGGCUUGAGUACGGUCUCCUGAACUCCUCGUCCCUGGAGCUGAUUGGUUUUGUUCCCAGCUGUCCCUUGAAGGUCUCAGGCAGCAGCCAUCCCUCAUGAUGAUGCAGCUCCCCUCAGCCUACCGGGCGGCCGCUGGUGCUGGGAACACACCCACGCCUCCCCCAACCCAGCUGCAAGGGGAACUUGCUGAGAGUGCAACGAUGGCAGCCUAUAGACACCUUCACAGAGCGACUCACUGGGAGAGAGGAGAGAGGUGGCCGCCAGGAGGCAGACCUGUACAUUGAAGACCCGUGGGGAUCCCUUUGUACUCCGGAGAGGCGUUCAUGCAUCACAGCCCCAGAAAUGAACACAGCUUUUAUUGUAGAAUAUAAUUAAAAUCUUACAUUGUAUAGAAUUCAGGAAAUCAAAAUAACUAAGAUAUUACUUAUAUAUUUUUUCAUUAAAAUUUACACAGCCUUUU